AGAACCCUACCACCCUCCGACGUUCCCCAGUAGCCUGCCUCCCAGUCCCCGCCCUCGUUCUCUCUCGGACGGCCUACGCCAUGGCUCUCUUCUUUGAUCUCAGCAUACCUUAUCUCGAGGACGGCGGCGGUUCCCCGUCAGAGAACAAGGCCCGUAAGGACGCGCGGCUGAAGGCAGUGGUGAGGGCCAUGGAGCUCGGCUACGUCGCCGUCGCCUAUGACCGCCCCUUCCGAGGCGUGCUUUCCGAUGCUCUCCAAUGCAACAUCAGCCCUUUCUCUCUGGACUCUCUGCUCAAGGCCGCUCCCGUCCUCGCCUCCUCGGCUGCUUUCCACCGCGACCUCCUCGGCGCUCCUCGAUCCUCCACCUUCCGCCAGUACACGCGCUUGACCAUCUUGGUUGCAGGAGCUGCUGCCGUCGUAUCCCUCAAUGGAAACGCGCUUCUGAGGACCUACGACCUAGUCGCUGUCCGUCCUCUGGAUCAGGAAGCUUUUGACAAGGCUUGCGAGUCAUCUAUGGUUGAUAUAAUCGCAUUGGACUUCUCCCAAAAGCUACCUUUUCGUUUGAAGAUUCCAUCUAUUAAGCUUGCUAUUCAGCGUGGACUAUAUUUUGAAAUUACGUAUUCUCAUCUUAUAGCUGAUUCUCAUGUCAGAAGAAAGAUCCUUUCAGAUGCAAAGCUACUGUCUGACUGGAGUCGAGGGAAGAAUCUCCUCAUAUCAAGUGCCGCUUCAACUGUGAAUGAUGUGAGAGGGCCACUUGAUGUUGCAAACUUAGCAGUAUUUUUGCUUGGUCUGUCAGCUGAGCACGCCAAAUAUACUAUUUCUCAAAAUUGCAGGUCACUGCUAGCUAAUGCCAUUAGGAAGAAACAGUUCUAUAAGGAAACUAUCAGACUUGAAAGAGUCAUACCUGAUGGACAAUUCAACCCAAAAAGUUUUUCGCUUGAUAAAUGGAAUAAAUGGGAUCCCAUCUCCAGUGAUAAAGGUGAUUUGUUAUCAUUGGAUGACAUUACAAAAUUUCCUACUUUUAUCAGAAAACAAUCUUUUGGUUCAAAUUCGAUUGAUUUCCCAUUAUCAACUGAACCAUCAUUUUUGCUUGGUGACAAAACCAAAAAGUUGUCAUCGCCUAUGAAUCCUGCAUCACCUGUUACCCCCUGUGAACCUUGUGCUAUUGCUGAUGAUGUCACACAAGAUGAUGAUUCAUUGAGGAAUCAUAUGGCAACACCUGAAUUUUGUGCUGUUGCUGCUGAUGUCAUACAAGAUAAUGGUUCAUUGAAGAAUCAUAUGGCAACACCUGAACUUUGUGCUGGUGCUGAUGGUGUCACAGAAGAUAAUGGUUCAUUGAAGAAUCAUAUGGCAACACCUGAACCUUGUGUUGUUGCCAAUGAUGUCACACAAGAUAAUUCAUCAACGAACCAUAUGGCAAUAUCUCUUGCAAGUUUAGGUAUAGAUAAUGCUGCCUGUGAAGAAGUUCUCAUCUUCCCAGAUGCCAUAGGCUGCAUGAGAACUCUACUUGCUGAUGUGAAGGAUUGUCAGCCUGUAAUGAAGGAUAUAUCAACUAUUUUUGUACCCGAGCUGAAAGAAAAUGAUCUGAUAGAUACGAGCCCAACAUGUAGGAGUCCUGGAAGACCUUUACUGUGUAACCAAGUUGAUGGCUCAAUCUCAUUUGUAGACAGUUUUCUGCAAAAAGGUUCUUUUAAUGAGACCAAAGAACAUGAUGAUGUUUUAUAUACAAUUGAUGAUCCAGAAGUGAAAAGUAACAUCAUGGCCAAAGAAGAGACACAAAAGUCAAAAGAUAAAUCAGGAAAAAGGAAACGAAAACAGCGAUCAUUCUAUCCAACUUAUCAUUUGCCUUUUAAGGGCUUAUUUAAACCUAUGUUUGUCAGGAAUAACGGGUACAAUCCCAAAAGAACUAGAAACAUUUACUUUAUAGCUGUCAUCAAUAAGCUUUCAUGUGGAGGGGAUUGUUAUUAUUCUCAUAUGGGCCAGCUUCUUCAUCAGCUUGUUAAGCAAACAAGAACAACAUGCAAAUCCCCACGCAUGUCAGAGAUAAGAAACUUACCUUUCUAUUGUUUUUUGCAAAUCUAAUAUUACUGUUGUCCUGGCCUAUGCAUAUUACAAGUUGUCACAGUACUGAUACAGCUGCCAUAUUUCUUCCUGGCUCUGAUGUGCUAUAAAGAAAAACCUAGAGAGAACGGUGGUUUCUCUCCCGGCGUCACUAAACGAUGCACAUGUUAUGCAUUAAUUCUGGAGCUUCAAUAUCACUCGGUGAGUUACAAUGAUUCCAGAUAUCUGCAAGCAGCUGCGAUAUCCCUGGGUGCGCAUGGAUUUUAUCAUGUUGGGUUGGCUAUGACCACUGUUGUGGUCCUUGCGUAUCAUGCAUGGAAUAUAUGGCGAUUGAUCGCGUUUCGAUUGACCUGGAUUCUAAUGAUUCUUAAUAGAUCGAUGAUUGCAGCAGCAUUGCCAUCUCUAGAGUGGUUAGGUUGUUUGAUAUAUAUGGUACCGUAUGUAGGUGACAUGAUUAACCUCUCGUGGACUCAUAAGCUAGCAGGGUUAAAGUUGGUG